GUUUGAUUAAUUUGUUAAUUUAAUACUCUUGAAUUUCAUAUAUUGUUUGGAAAAUUUGUUUAACGCACUGUUUAGAGCGCUUCUAGCGGUUUUCGUAGUAACUUGCGUAGUUCCGAACUGACCUUAGGUGAUAAAGGUUUGUUUCGUAAAAUGAAUCGAAUUAUUCUUUAAUUUCACUAAUUUUCUUUUUGUUGUUGAAUUGUGAUUUGAUAGUUAUGCUUUUAUACUGAGCGCUUAUCCUGUCAAGUAAUUCGUGUUGUCUGUGGUUCUUUACGUUUGUACUGUGAACGUAGUGAGGUUAUAAGAGUUCGAACCCGGGAAAAAUGAGUUUCAACUUUGAUGCAUCGAAAACACAACCGGGAGUUACUCCUGGGUUAAAUGCUCCAACUGUGGCAGGUUCUACCGGAUUUGCAUUGGGUGGCACAGGAGCUGGAGAUGCCAGUAAAUCCACGGCCAAUACUUUCUCCUUGAUGUCAACGCCUUUUCAAGGCAAACCUGCAGGACUCUUUAGUCAAAGUUUAGGAACUACCUUAGGACAGGGAACUGGUUUUGUUUUUGGGACUCCACCUGGUACUACGACAUCAGCUCUCCCUAUGGGCACUCCUAUAACGACUACAUCUUCUGGAACUUCUUUGAACAUUGGUGCUUCAGGCACUGGAAUAAAUUUUGGACUACCUAGUACAACACCGCCUACUGGGUUUGGAAUUACAAGUACUCCUACAACAGGUACUGGAUUUAAUUUGGGAGCUCCCGUGGCUACUACGACCACUGCCACACCAGGACUUUCCUUUGGAAUCGGUCAGCAACCAACUCCUGGAUUUUCUAUUGGUGGAUCAUUAACUCCUGCUACUUCUGCAACUCCUGGACUCAGCUUUGCCAUUCCAGCAGUUACGACAGCAACUACUGGUUUUAAUCUAGGUAGUGCUACUCCUACAACAACUACAGGAUUCAUGAUUGGUACUACGCCAGCAGCUAGCAGUGCUGUUACUGGACUUUCUGUAGGAAGUGCAACUGCAUCAAGCACUCCUGCAUCAGUUACUGGAUUCAGUUUAGGCACAACUAUACCUGCUACAGCUGCAACAGGAUUCACUCUGGCAAAAACUACAGCUGCAACUGCAGCAAGUACAAUUGCUAGCAGUGCUCCACAAACUUCUCUAGCUACUGGAACAACUGUAAGUUCAUCUGCAAGCAGUGGAAACACUGGAGCAAUGAACUUCUGCCAACUUGAGGAAUCAAUUAACAAAUGGACUCAGGAGUUGGAAGCACAGGAGAAGGCCUUUGUAAAUCAGGCUCUUCAGGUAAAUGCCUGGGACAAAUUCUUAAUAGCAAAUGGUGAGAAGAUUGUGACCCUGAACCAAGAGAUAGAGAGGGUAAAACUUGAACAGCAGCAACUAGAACACGAGUUGGACUAUGUGGUUGGUCAGCAAAAGGAGCUUCAGGACUGUCUAGAACCCUUGGAAAAGGAAUUAGCUAGCCUCUCUAUAUCAGAUCCUGAUAGAGAGUAUACAUACGGACUUGCCAAAGAUAUAGACACACAACUUAAACGUAUGUCAGAGGAUCUUAAGGAGAUCAUCGAGCAUCUCAAUGAGGCCAAUCGUGCCCAAGAUCCUAGCGAUCCCAUAGUACAAAUUGGGAAGAUCUUGAAUGCUCAUAUGAACAGCUUACAAUGGUUGGUACAGAGAGUUGAGCUGGUAGAUCAGAAUAUUCAGCAAAUAGACCAAUCACGACAGAAGAUAAAACAAGCUAGGGAAUUGAAUAUCAGUUUGGUGUGAAGAAAAAAAGCUGUUUUCGUGCCUAUUGUACACAUUUCCAUACACUAAACGUUAUUCACAUUUCACUUCAUGUCAGCUUAAGGAAAAUAAAAGAUUAUUGUUACAAAAA